AUGCUUCGUGAAUUGGAAUGCGAGGAUCCUGUCAAGCUGUUAUUCUUUUUGGUAGCCAAUUGGACGCCCUUGAGCAAUCCCGUUGGUGCCUUCAUCUUACAAGUAUUGCCCAAACUCCAACGCCUUCUCCUCAACCCUUCAAACACUGAGACGAACGCCCUUCACAAUGCCCAAUCCCAUUAUGAUACUUCCAAUUCCCUUUUCGCCUCCUUUCUUAGUCCCGAUAUGAUGUAUUCUUGCGCUUUGUGGAAAUCUACCGCAGAAGGAGGUGAAGAAGAAAGUUUGGGAGAGGCCCAGAUCAGGAAAGUACAUAACAUAUUAGACAAAGCGAGGAUCAAGAAGGAGCAUCAUGUCCUAGAUAUUGGGGGUGGAUGGGCAUUUUUGGCUAUUGAGGCAGUAAAAAGAACAGGGUGUAGAGUUACGGCAACGACAUUGAGCAUUGAACAGAAAGCGUUGGGAGAGCAGAGGGUCAAAGAUGCGGGGUUGGAGGACAAGAUCGAGAUCCUUCUCGCAGAUUACCGCAAAACUCCUAUGCCUGAAGGUGGCUAUGACCGCAUCAUAAGCAUUGAGAUGCUGGAGCACGUUGGAAAGCAAUACAUGGACGGGUAUUUUGCUGCCAUCAACUCCAUGCUUAACCCAACACAUGGAAUUAUGGUCAUUCAAGGAAUCACUGCCAUCCAUCAGUUACACAACAACGCCAAAAGCGUCGAUAACUUCCUCGACCGUUACAUCUUCCCUGGCGGCUACCUCGCUUCAGUAGCUCGGCUUCUGAAUGCCAUUGAAGUCGGCUCGAAAGGUGAUUUAGAGAUCGAAUGCUUACAAAGUAUCGGACCUCAUUAUGUGAGGACUUUGAGAAGCUGGAGAGAAAACUUUCUAAAGAAUUGGCCAGCAAUUCGAGAGGAGUUUGAGGAAAGUAGAAAGGGGAAGGGGGAUGCUGAUGGGAAGGUGACGGAGCAAGAGGUUGAGGCUUGGAGAAGGAGAUGGAUAUACUACUUUUCAUACUGCGAAGCUGCUUUCCGCUCAGGGGUCAUUGGGGAUCAAGUCAUCGUAGCUAGGCGAAGGCCAGCCCCCGAAGAAGCAGAUGGGAUUCCGAUGUAA